AUGACCACCAUCAUCCAUCUCGCAUACACCCCGCGCCAGGGCAUCCUCCUCAACCCCUCGCCCUCCGUCUCCCCCUACCAGCACUCUUCCCCUCUUCCGCUCUUCGUACCAUCCAACACGUCUCUCUCGUCCUCGUCCUCAUCCGCCCUCAACACCGACUCUGAAUAUUGCCUCGGCAGCAGCUCGAGCACGAGCAACAGCAAGGAGCCCUCUCCAGCCCUCGCCGUCCCCCGACCGCUCCCCACCCACUCCACCACCCCCCACUGCUCCAACACCCGCUCGGACUCUCCAGCAGCCACCUCCCGCCGCAUACGCUUCGCACCCCUCCCAGACCCUCGCCGCGACGAAGAGCCAUUCGCACUCCCCCCGGCCAUCCUCGACGACUCCGGCUCCUCCUCCAUCACCGAGUCCACCGUUCUCAACGCCCUCGGUCUCGGUCUCCGGUCGCCCGCAGACGACCACAAGGCCCGCUCACCGCGCGGCGACCGCAGCCCGCGCUUCUCCCCCUCUUUCUUCUACGACGCCAAAGCGCCCCCCGCGUCCGAGUCGACACCCACCCUCGCGAGCACCGCCACCGCCGCGUCCUCAUGCACGCUCACCACCCCCCACAUCCCCCGCCCCGCACACUCCCCCCCGGCCUCGACCGACUCGAGCCCCGCCGCGCCGACCGUGUGCCCGAGCGGGUCCGCGUCCCUCCCGAGCUCGACCCCGCCGUCCGACACCGACGGCGAGUGGGACGUCCUCACGCCCUCGCGCGACGCCGCCGCCGCCGCCCCGCGCAAGGCGGCGCACAAGUGGUCCAAGAAGCUGUUCAAGCCGCUGCUCGGCCCGCUCGCCAAGGGCGCUCCGUGCUCCGGCGCGGGCGCGGGCGACGAGGCGGACGCGAAGGCGAAGGCGCCGUCGAAGCGCCAGCGCGACCGCAGCGGCAGCCGCGGGCGCGACACGACGCCCGACUGGGUCAAGGAGUUUGGCAUGCCGCUGGGCCGGUGGCAGUCGGACGAUGUGCCGCGAGGGCCCGCGCCGAAGAAGGGGCACCGGGGCGUCGAGUUUGGCCGGACGCAGAGCUUGGAUCGCGAGGAGGAGGAGCUGCUCGAGGCGAGCCUGGGGAGGAUAAGUAGCAAUCACGGUGGGCGGAGGCAGCAGCGCAUGCUGAAUGGCCGCGUCUAUGGCGCGAAAAGGAAUCCGUUUGCGAACGCCAGACCGGACCCGCAGUUCGUGGAGUGGGGCUACGGCGGCAUGGGCAGCGUGCAGGCCUCGAAUGGCCACGCGAGCAUCUGGUCCAAGGUGCAGUCUUCGGGCGCUAUCAACGUCGGGGCACACGAUUCGUCCCAGAGCUGGGGCUCGCGCCCGAGCACUGCGAACGGGCGGCUCACCGGCAACGGCGCGCUCGGCAACUCUACGAAUACGAGCGGCGCGGCAAAGGCGAGCGCUUCGGACGACGACGGGACUGGAAUGGCGUGGGUGCGCAAGAGGCGGGAGCAGCGCGAGCGGGAGCGCAAAGAACGUGAGGAGCGCGAACGGAAGGAGAAGGAGGCGGGGGCGGGGGCCGUCGCCGUGCCCCCCGGGGUUGGCGAUGUGCAUAUGCGCGGGUCCGAGUCUGGCCCGCCGUCUGCGAGCGAGCGGGAGGGCAAGGAGAAGGAGAAGGUGGAGCAGAAGGAGGGACACGUGUAUACUGCGGUGACCGUGCCCGCGCGCGCGGCGCACCCCCGCAAAGACGGGCGUGUGGUUCUGGACCCGCCGCAUGGCGUGCAGAUCAUCGUUACCGGUGAGUCUGAGGAGCUCGUGCGGACUGCGAGCAAGGAAAGCGUGGGCGGUGCAGGUGCUGAGGGCUCGGCCGAAGAUGGCUCGGGUGAGGACGAGGAAGAGAGCCCGCGUGGGGAGGGCGAGGAGGAAGACGAAGAGGAAGACGAAAUGGAGGAGCGAUCCCGCCUGACUGCACUGGGCGCGGGGGUGGAGAAGAUCAGCAGACACAAGGAGAGUGCGAGCGUGGCGUCGAAUUAG